GAUCAACUACCUGGACUAGAUGGGAAUCUAGGAGGAACUCAAGCACAACCAAAACUAGUGUAUGAGGUAAGGAAUGUAGAAAUUCCUCCAUUACCAAAUGACCAUCUGGUGAAUGAUAGGGAGCAGUUGGGAAAUGAUCAGGGAGAGCUUGAGAAUAGAUCCAUUAUGAUCUUGAAGGAGUUUCUUAAGCGACAUCCACCAUCAUUACAAGGAACUACCAAACCUUUAGAAGCAAAAAAGUGGUUACGAGAAGUUAAAAAGGUAAUGGAUGCUAUAGGCAUUGCUGUUAG